AUCAGUAACUACCAGGGUCUGGCCCGGGUGGUGGUCCAGCUGGUGACGGCGCUGACCCCCAUCCCUCAGCUUCACGCUCACAGUCUGGUGGGAAAACAGUGCGACAAAGGGAUCUGCAUCGCCGACCUCCAGCCCAAAGACUCCACCAUCAGUUUUCCAAACCUGGGCAUCCUUCAUGUGACGAAGAAGAACGUGGCGAAGACUCUGGAGGAGAGGAUGAUCGAGGCCUUCAGGAUGGGGUACAACUGUGGAGUCUCCAUCCACCACGAGAUCGACGCCCUGCAGGGGGAAGUCCGCGUCCCCCGAGAACUCACCGACCACCAGCGCAGUGUGAUCAGCAGUGCAGCGGCUCUUCAGGCUAAAGACAUGGACCUCAGUGUGGUGCGGCUCAUGUUCACAGCGUUCCUCCCUGACAGCGACGGAGGGUUCUCCAGAAGACUCGAGCCCGUUGUGUCCGAACCGAUCUACGACAGCAAGGCUCCCAACGCCUCCAACCUGAAGAUCGUGAGGAUGGAUCGAACCGCUGGCUGCGUGAGCGGAGGAGAGGAGGUCUACCUGCUCUGUGACAAAGUCCAGAAAGACGACAUCCAGGUCCGGUUCUAUGAAGAAGACGACACGGGGUUGACCUGGGAGGCUCUGGGAGAUUUCUCCCCGACUGAUGUUCACAGACAGUUUGCCAUCGUUUUCAAGACUCCGAAGUAUCGAGACCAGAACCUGCAGAAGCCGACGUCCGUGUUCGUCCAGCUGAAGAGGAAGUCUGACAACGAGACCAGCGAGCCCAAACCCUUCACCUACCACCCUCAGAUCAUAGACAAGGAGGAGGUGCAGAGGAAGAGACAGAAGACAUUGCCGAACUUCCAGGACUUCAGUGGCCAUGGAGGAGGAGGUCUGUACCGAGGAGGAGGAGGAGGUCCUGCCUGCAGGGGAGGAGGACCUGGCUCUGGAGGAGGAGGUGGAGGAGGAGCUUACUUCCAGGGCUUCACUACCUACAACUAUGGCACAGGAGGAGGUGGGGGAGGAGGUGGUUUCUCCACAGGAUACUCAGCUGGUCUGGGAGGAGGAGGCAUCAAACAUGCCUCUCAGAGCGACUCAGCAGCUGACAGCAGUGACGAUAGCGAUCCCGACGAUGACUCGGGGUCAGGGGUCGUGCUGAGAGCUUCAGCCCAGCAGGGAGGUCUGGAGGUGGGGGAGAGGACUGAGGAGCGAGGGGUCAGUGUGGAGACAGAUGAGCGGUUGGCUCAGGUGACCCGCAGACAGCUGGAGGCUCUCUUUGAGUACUCAGUCACAGGAGACUCAGCCUACCUGCUGGCUCCACAGCGCCCCCUGAUGAACGCACAGGACGAGGACGGAGACACUGGGCUCCACCUGGCCAUCCUCCACAGCCAGCAGGAGGCGCUCAAGAGUCUGACUCAGGUCGUCUCUGCUCUGCCUGGACAGGAAGUUCUCAACAUGAGGAACCACCUCUACCAGACUCCUUUGCACUUGGCCGUGAUCACCCAGCAGAGGGAGGCGGUGGAAGCGCUGCUAUUGGCCGGUGCUGACCCAACUCUGACAGAUCGCCAUGGCAACACAGCCCUGCACCUGGCGUCCCAGUUGGAAGGAGGAGCUGAGAUGGUCCAGUUUCUACUGCGGCACAGAGAGCUGAGGGGACUGCUGGACUACACCAACACAGCAGGUCUGUGUGCGACACAUUCCCCCCGAUAUAUUAGUGAGGAGGAUGAUGAAGGCUACAUCCCAGGAACCACUCCACUCAACAUGGCCGCCACCACUCAGGUGUUGGAGCUUCUGAAUGGUAAAGUGUAUGAACCAUCACCUCCACACAGAGCUCUCACGCCUCCUCAAGGCGACCUGGCGAGCCUGGACGUGGAGGUGAAGCAGCAGGUGUGUCGCGCUCUGGAGAGUGAAGGAUGCUGGGAGAACCUGGCUCACAGUCUGGGUCUCGGGAUCCUUAACACGGCCUUCAGACUGAGCCCCUCCCCCGCCAAGACCCUGCUGGACAGCUACGAGGUCUCUGGCGGGACGAUCCGGGACCUGCUGGCUGGUCUGAGGUCAGUUGGGGAGUGCAGAGCGUUGAGCGUCCUGGAGGAGGCGCUGCGUCGCCUCGGUGAGCAGGAAGCGACCGAUGAGACGGGAGGCGAGGCUCUGUGCGCUCAGGUCCAGGAUCUGAAGUGGACGUUCGGCUCGACAGCGGGGUGUGUGACAGCGGGGUGGAGCUCUCCACAGCGUAACCGCCUGAUUGGUCCGUCUGGGUUCAUCAGAGAAAGCACAAUUCAUCAUCAUCACCCUCCUCCAUCGAUCGAUCGAUCUAUCUAUCGAUCUGCCCGCGCUGAGGAAACCUCCAUCACAAAACAUUUUAACUGUUUUUAAUGAAUUUUUAAGCUGUUUGUUUGUUUGUGUGUAAACUGAAAGUCACAGCAGGUCAGACCAAAUCAGACGCUACGGCCAGAACAACAUCCCCUCACUGACUGAUUGAUUGAUUGAUUGAUUGAUUGGUAGUAGUCAGUUAAGUCUGCAGCCGGGGGCUGAAACUGAAUCCAGUUUUGGAAAAAAGCGGACGUCAAACUGAUCGACAAUCAGCCUGAAACAGCCGCUGCCCCCUGCUGCAACACGGCACAGAGUGCGCAUUGGUUCUGUUGGUCAGAGACUGUUAGCCUCUUUCUCUACAGAAUAAUAAUAAUAAUAAUAAUAAUAAUAACUAGACCUGCAAGCAGAUAUUAACGGGGUCCAACAACCCCACUCAGGUCUAUCAGAGCAGCAGAGAGCAAGAUCGGAAGAGUUUGAAAAAGUUUUUGUAAUUUUCAUGAUUUUACAUACAGAAACUUUCCUCAACAAAUUGCCUUACAGGCCGAACCAUUGGAAAAUAUUGAAGUGACUUUUAAUAAAAAAGAAUAAAAUACCUCCAUCAGUAAAAAUAAACUAUAAAACAAAUUAUACUGAGAAACUAAGUUUUUAUUUUGAAAGUUUCUCAUUAUAAUCAGAAUCUAAUUUUUUUCCCCAUCACAUUGGCAGCAACGAGCUUCCAUAGUGAGCGCCGGUAGCGAGAGUCAGAUUGUUUCACAGCGGUUGCGUUCAGCACAAACGGCGCCGCAGCGUCUGAUCUGGUCUGAACUCGGCUUCACUGACAUGAACUAAAAAGUGAUUCUUGUUUUCUAGAAAAAAUGAGUAUUUGGUUUGAUGUUUUUCUGCCCACACUACACUCCAACAGCUCGACCAAACAAUCUGAUGUUUGUUCCUCGAUCAAAAAAUCUCAAUAAUUCACCCCAAAAUGAAAUCGUAUGGCGUGUUGACACAGCGGCAAGUUCUCACCUCGCCUUUAAUCUGGUUCACUGUGGUCCAGUAAAACCAUGCUGAAAUAACGACGUCCUGAUGGAGAAAAAUCUGAAUUCAUACGUUGUCUGUCUGCGAGACGACGAGCAAACAGCUUUUAAAAUGCUUGUUUUUUGAAUGGAGUUUGGUUGAUCAGAGCUGUUAAGUAACAUAUUUUCCAACUUCCUCUCACUUGUCGUUCUCUGUUUAAAUAUGAAGCAUCAGAGUGAAGAUAAAUCCACUUUUUAAACCCCAAAAGUUCAACAAAUGAACUCCUGUUGCUGGUAAAUGUCUCUGGGUCGCAACACUGCCCCCAACGUCCGCCCGGAUUCACUUCGAAGCUCAAUAUUUUCUUGCAUAAAUUUAGGAGAUUCAUCCGUCUUAUGAAAACUUGGCUUCGCUCUCUGUGUGAACACGCCGUACCGCCUCCUCCCUGGACGCUGUCAGGUGGUAGAAAACGAAUCGAACCCUCACUUGGAAUUAUGUUCUGUCGGCUGCUGAACGAAGACGUAGGAGUCUGGUGGAUUUUAGAAUUUCGAUGAAGCGUUCAGCAGUGUUUUUUUUUUUCUGUAGCAGACGUCGGCGUCUGCAGGGGAAAGGUGCUAUUGAUAAAGAAAUGAUUGUAAACAGUCUCAAUACAACACUCAUGGAAAGAGUUGUUGGUGUUCGUACCUGUUCAGCCGAGGAUGUCCUGGAACCAAUCAGGAAGGAAACCGCAGUAAAACUGAGAACCUGGAGAUACAAUACAGGGGUUACAUUCAACUGACCCUGUUUGUUCUGAGCUCCAAUCACAGUUGAACAAGCCUCGGCCAACUUCCUCCUUUCCUGCUACUUACUAUGCUAGGCUAAUCUAUAUUUGAGCUAAUGUACCAUCUUCAAAAUGUGGUUGUCUUUUCAACAUAGAUUAGCCUGUAGCAUGUAGCAUCUCUCAGCUCAACUGUUACUGGAGUACAGAGCAAAAAGGGGCGGGGCAUAAGAAGGGUCAAUAUAUUUUUAAUCUCUUGUAUAAAAAAAAUAUACAGUGAGACCUGCAGUUUUAUUGAUCACUGCCUCGUAACAUCCAACGUACUUUAACACAACCUGAGUGUUACAACACUGCCAUCUUGUGGUCGGGGGUUUAAACACAAGAUCACAAAAUGGACCACUGCCACGAAUCUCUGCAUGUAAACUAUUAAAAAUCAAUACUGUAUCACAGAUAAUAUCGCAAUAAUCUAGGGAAUAAUUUUCUACCCAGUAUAAUGUAGUGCAGAACCUUUAACUGACCUCUGCAGCAAACCAUGAAUUAACUUCUAACGUCAACAGAAACUGAACUUUGUGAACUUAAAGGUUGAAUUUAUAUCAGCGCUGUUAUAUUGUUCCCCUAAUAAAGUGGCUUAAAAAAAGUUUAUAUGAAACAUGAGUACGAACACCAACAACUCUCCACAUGUGUGAAUAUUAAACAUCUGUCCUUUAAGAGUGCAUGUUUUUAAAGAUUGAUUUUUUUAAUGUUUAGUGUUUUUUUGUGCCAUUUUCUGUUAUUUUCUGUCGUCUCACCACUGAAACCUGUUGAAGACUCAUAAACCUGCAGCAGCCAGAUGAUCCUGAUCUGUUUCUCUUCCUCCACUUACACAAAGACGGAUGCGUUUUGGCAGCGGCAGGAAACUGUUAACAACAUGAUGCAAGGCAUUGUGGGAUAGGAAGUCCAGAGCUGUGAGGAGUUGUAGUCUUUAGUGAAACCAAAGCGAUAUUUAUAUCUUUGCUCUGCACUGUACAGUUCAACACGAGCUUCACUGUUAUUUUUUAAAUAAAGUUUUUUAUAUUUAU